AUGCUGUGCACGCUACAGCAAGAGAUACAAGUCAUGUACGACCUUGACUUGGAUGCCAGACCAGGCAUGUCAGCUCGGGAACGUAGCGUACAAAUGAUCACAAAUUAUUUAAGCCAACACGGAUUAGAUGACUUGCGUAACAACGUCCGACAUGCCUUGGGGCUUCUGGCAUGGGCGGAGCAGGAUACUGUCAGAUGGAGACAAGGCUACCUCGAGAGCUUUGUCCACUUGGCUGGUCUUAUGACGCCGGAGCUUGAAGAACGUCCAGAUUUCAAGCGCCUGUCUGUCGUUACGAGAAGGAAUCUGGGGAUAGCUGGGAAAACGCUACAGCUCCGCAUCAUGGAAGCCGAAGACAAGCUGGCUACUUUCGACUUCAAUGAUCUGUGGGAGGAUACACCAAAGGCCACCAGCAGCCCAGUGUACCAGAGUUACCAAAGUUUUCGUCAAUUUCUCAUUUCUCACUUUACACGCAUCUAUGGCAACUGGCCACCAAGUUCAGACAGGCCCUGGCUCAACCGGAAGAUUGUCCAGGGGCUGCAGGAAGACUUUGGAUCUCUAUACGAUUACCUCGUGGACCGAGAUGUGAUUUGGAACCCGCGCGAGGAACGCGCAACCAGGAAAUGGGAGAUGUCACACCGAAGGAUCGAUGGAUUCAACGCAGACCUACCAGAGCUUGGGAUGACGGACAUCCUGGUCACGUAUGACGUAAAGAGUGGAUAUGCACAUAUACCGCACCCGUAUCCAUUGCUACCCAGGGAGGUACCGAAGGGCGUCAAGGAAAAAGAAAAGAAGGGCUUCUUUGCAUCGCUCAAGAAGGAAAAGCCCAAGGAUGCCACAAAAGACGCAAAAGCUCACUUGCAGCUUUCCAUCAUAUUCACCGAUGCGACCAACAUUGAAAAGCUGGAUGCAAACUUCAACGGGUCUACACUGAUCGACAAAUUCGAACAAUUCGAAAUUAUGACGGAUCUAAGGCAUAUGUCGCCUCGCGAAGCACGUCUUGGCCGGUGGGUGCUUCUCUAUGGCACCCUUCAAGUGCUAUCCACCCUGUCCAUCGACGUUCAAGGCCUCAAGCACACCGAAGGCGUCCGCUACUUCCUCAACACGGAUCUCAAGCGCAUGCCUGAAUGGGUUAACCAUGGUCAGACGGAGCAUCUAGAAGCCACGCAACAUCGCUCG